CCAAAGUCGAAAAAAGUGAUGUCAAAAAAGAAACUAAAAAAGCUACCAAAUAGAAUUUUUACAUUGAAGCAAAAAACGUUCAAUUAUUAUAAGAAGGACUCAAAAGAAGCCAAAGUCGAAAAAAGUGAUGUCAAAAAAGAAACUAAAAAAGCUACCAAAUAG